AUGACUUUUGGCGUCACCACAUCCGACUUCGCGGCCGAAGGCUGUGCCGUUGUCUUCGGCGGCUCAGGCGGCCUCGGCCGCGCGAGCGCCGGCCUGAUCGCAGAGCGCGGCUCCAACAUCGUCGUCACCUACAAGUCCAAGCGCGCCGAGGCCGAGUCCCUGGUGGAGGAGGUGCGCAAGCUCGGGCGCGAGGCGAGCGCUAUGGCCUGCGACGUCACCGACCUCAAGGCGGUCGAGGCAGUCUUCAAGCACGCCGUGGACACAUACAAGCGCGUGCACACGGUCGUGUCCGCCGGCGGCCUGGUCUUCGAGACGGGACCCCUGGCCCAGUUCACGGACGAGGCCUUCCGCGGCGUCAUCGAGACGGACGUCUACGGCUUCUACAACAUCGUCAAGGCCGGAGUGCCGGUGCUGCGGGAGGGAAAGGGCGGCUCGUUCGUCGCCCUGGUCACCAGCGCCGUGAACCGCACCGUGCCGUGCGAUGCGCUCUCGGCCACGCCCAAGGCGGCGGUCACCAUGAUGGUGCGCCAGCUCGCCACCGAGGAGGCUGCGUAUGGCAUCCGCGCCAACGCUGUGGGGCCAGGCGUCAUCAACGCCGGUAUGGUCCUGCCCAUGAUGGAGACGCCCACGCGAGCCCUGCUGGAGGGCGCCACCGCCGUGACGCCGCUUAAGCGCUGGGGCGAGGCUUCCGAAAUCGCCGAGGCAGUCGCCUUCCUGGCCUCCUCGAAGGCGUCUUACAUCACCGGACAGAUCUUGAUGGUCGACGGCGGCCUCGCUGCCUAG